UGGCGGCCUGCAGCCUGACUUCCUCCCCCCACCCUGCAGCUCGCCGCCGCGCUCCCUCGGACGGGGCCACCCCGAUGGGACGCCGCGCCCCGACCCCUGUGCGCCGCUGAGCCAAGCGCCCGCGUCGCCGCGAGCUGCUGACCCUCGCCACCUGGGCUGGGAGCCCCGUCCCGGUCCCCUGGAAAGCUGGAUUUCCGAGGCUGGAGGCGCCUAGCCGGCUGGGUGGGGACCACCAUGGGCAACGCGGCUGGCAGCGCCGAACAGCCCGCGGGCCCUGCCGCGCCGUCCCCGAAGCAGCCGGCCGCCCCCAAGCAGCCGAUGCCCGCGGCCGGGGAGCUGGAGGAGAGGUUCAACCGGGUCCUGAACUGUAUGAACUUACCCCCGGACAAGGUCCAGCUGCUGAGCCAGUAUGACAACGAGAAGAAGUGGGAGCUCAUCUGUGACCAGGAGCGGUUUCAAGUCAAGAACCCCCCUGCCGCUUACAUCCAGAAGCUGAAGAGUUACCUGGAUACCGGUGGGGUCAGCAGAAAGGUAGCAGCUGAUUGGAUGUCCAACCUGGGGUUCAAGAGGCGAGUUCAGGAGUCCACACAGGUUCUGCGGGAGCUGGAGACCUCCCUAAGGACAAACCACAUUGGGUGGGUGCAGGAGUUUCUCAAUGAGGAAAACCGUGGCCUGGAUGUGCUCCUGGAAUACCUGGCCUUUGCCCAGUGCUCUGUCACGUAUGACAUGGAAAGCACAGAUAACGGCGCCUCCAACUCAGAGAAGAGCAAACCCCUGGAGCAGUCUGUGGAAGAUCUUAGCAAGGGGCCACCCUCAUCAGUGCCCAAAAGUCGCCACUUGACCGUCAAGAUGACCCCUGCCCACAGCAGGAAGGCCUUACGGAAUUCCCGUAUCGUCAGCCAGAAGGAUGAUGUCCACGUCUGUAUCAUGUGCCUGCGCGCCAUCAUGAACUACCAGUCUGGCUUUAGCCUUGUUAUGAACCACCCGGCCUGUGUGAAUGAGAUUGCUCUGAGUCUCAACAAUAAGAACCCCCGAACCAAGGCCCUGGUGCUGGAGCUGCUUGCGGCUGUGUGCCUGGUGCGGGGAGGACAUGAUAUCAUCCUUGCAGCCUUUGACAAUUUCAAGGAGGUAUGUGGGGAACAGCACCGCUUUGAAAAGCUCAUGGAUUAUUUCCGGAAUGAGGACAGCAAUAUCGACUUCAUGGUGGCCUGCAUGCAAUUCAUCAACAUUGUGGUACACUCGGUGGAGAAUAUGAACUUCCGUGUCUUCUUGCAAUAUGAGUUCACUCAUCUGGGUCUGGACUUGUACUUGGAGAGGCUUCGGCUUACGGAGAGUGACAAGCUGCAGGUGCAGAUUCAGGCAUAUCUGGACAACAUUUUUGAUGUGGGUUCGCUGUUGGAGGACACUGAGACCAAGAAUGCUGUGCUGGAGCACAUGGAGGAGCUGCAGGAGCAAGUGGCACUGCUGACAGAGCGGCUUCGGGACGCAGAGAACGACUCCAUGGCCAAGAUUGCUGAACUGGAAAAGCAGCUAAGCCAGGCCCGCAAGGAACUGGAGACCCUGAGGGAACGCUUCAGCGAGUCAACCCCCAUGGGCAUCUCCAGACGUCCCCCGGAGCCUGAGAAAGUGCCUCCUCCCGCCCCGGCACGGCCCUCCGCCCUGGAGCUGAAGGUCGAGGAAUUGGAGGAAAAGGGGUUAAUCCGAAUCCUGCGGGGGCCCGGGGAUGCCGUCUCCAUUGAGAUCGUCCCAGUCACUGUGGCAACCCCAAGCGGCAGUGAUGCUCCUACUCCGGCGUUGCCCAGCUGCUCCCCCAGCCCAGAUCUCCCACCUGCAGCAGAGCUGGCUCCUGGAGCAGCACCGCCCGCGCCACCACCCCCCCCUGAUGCCCUUGGAGGGCCUGGCCCAGAGACGAGCUUAGGAGUGAAGGCCAAGAAACCCAUCCAGACCAAGUUCCGGAUGCCACUCUUGAACUGGGUGGCCCUGAAACCCAGCCAGAUUACAGGCACCGUGUUCACAGAGCUCAACGAUGAGAAAGUGCUACAAGAGCUGGACAUGAGUGACUUUGAGGAACAGUUCAAGACUAAGUCUCAAGGCCCCAGUCUGGACAUCAGUGCUCUCAAGGGCAAGGCAGCUCACAAGGCCCCCAGUAAAGCAACACUCAUUGAGGCCAACCGGGCCAAAAACCUGGCCAUCACUCUGCGCAAGGGCAAUCUGGGGGCCGACCGCAUCUGCCAGGCUAUUGAGACGUAUGACCUGCAGGCUCUCGGCCUGGACUUCUUGGAGCUUUUGACCCGCUUUCUGCCCACGGAGUAUGAGCGCAGCCUCAUUGCCCGCUUUGAGCGGGAGCAGCGUCCCUUGGAGGAGCUGUCGGAAGAGGACCGCUUCAUGCUACGCUUUAGCCGCAUCCCACGCCUGCCGGAGCGCAUGUCCACGCUCACCUUCCUGGGCAACUUCCCGGAUACGGCCCAGCUGCUCAUGCCGCAACUGAAUGCCAUCAUUGCAGCCUCAAUGUCCAUCAAGUCCUCUGACAAACUCCGGCAGAUCCUAGAGAUCGUCCUGGCCUUUGGCAACUACAUGAACAGCAGCAAGCGUGGGGCAGCCUAUGGUUUCCGGCUCCAGAGUCUGGAUGUGCUGUUGGAGAUGAAGUCGACUGACCGAAAGCAGACACUGCUGCACUACCUGGUGAAGGUCAUUGCUGAGAAGUACCCACAGCUCACAGGCUUCCACAGUGACUUGCACUUCCUGGACAAGGCAGGCUCAGUGUCCCUGGACAGUGUCCUGGGGGAUGUGCGCUCCCUGCAACGAGGCCUGGAGUUGACACAGAGGGAGUUUGUGCGGCAGGAUGACUGCUUGGUGCUUAAGGAGUUCCUCAGGGCCAACUCUCCCACCAUGGACAAGCUACUGGCAGACAGCAAGACUGCUCAGGAGGCCUAUGAGUCUGUGGUGGAGUACUUCGGAGAAAACCCCAAGACCACAUCCCCCUCCAUGUUCUUUUCCCUCUUCAGCCGUUUCAUCAAGGCGUAUAAGAAAGCUGAGCAAGAGGUGGAACAAUGGAAGAAGGAAGCAGCUGCCCAGGAGGCAGGUGCCGACACCCCAGGCAGGGGGGAACCCCCAGCACCUAAGUCUCCACCCAAGGCCCGUAGACAACAGAUGGACCUCAUAUCUGAGCUGAAACGGAAGCAGCAGAAGGAGCCACUCAUCUAUGAGAGUGACCGUGAUGGGGCCAUUGAAGACAUUAUCACAGUGCUCAAGACAGUGCCCUUCACCGCCCGCACUGGCAAGCGGACAUCCCGGCUCCUCUGUGAGGCCAGCCUGGGAGAGGAGAUGCCCCUCUAGCCCCCAGAUCUACGGAACCAGCCUUACAUCCGCGCAGACACAGGCCGUCGCAGUGGUCGUAGGCGCCCUCCAGGACCCCCCCUGCAGGUCACCUCUGACCUUUCGCUGUAGCCUAUUUCUGCAGGUGUAUUCUGUAGGGGGUGCGGUUGUGGACAGGCUGGGGCUCAAGGAAGGUGGGCCUCUGGGCAGCCCCUCCUCCUGCUGCCUGGCACCUUGGCCCUCCUUAAAGGGGCCAGCACAGCCUCCUCCUGUUGGAGGCAGAAUCGCCUGGUCUCAAUCCUCAAAUGCUGCUUGCAGCACCCCUCCCCCAAUAGCCAUACUUAGCCUGAGCGGAAGCCUGGCCUGUAACUUAUAAAGUGCACCUUGCCCUCCCCCAUGAACUCCCACCCCCAAAGACUCUCCUUGGACCAUAUUUUUAUACAAGAUUAAUAAAGAUGUUUGCAAAAAAUCA